AUGCUACUUAAGCGUCUGAGAGCGCUGGAAGAAGUCCUGUAUAAGGAGGAAAUAAUCAGGCUCCAGAGUGACCCCCUGGAGAGGAAGCACUUUUUGAAUGUGUUUCCCCAGUUGAAACAGGAGCUCGAGGAUCAAAUUCGAAAGCUCCGCAAGCUUGCCGACAAGGCUGACGAGGUACACAGGAACUGCACCUUCGCCAACCUCGUGGCCAGCUCCACCGGUGCCGCAUCCGGCGUCCUGACCUUGCUGGGUCUGGGUCUGGCCCCUGUGACUUCAGGGGUCAGCCUGACACUCUGUGCACCUGGGAUGGGGCUGGGAACAGUAUCUGCUGUCACCGGUGUGUGCAGCAGUUUAGUGGAGCACUUACUAAUAUCGCCUAUGAAAGGCGAAGCCAGUCAGCUGACAUCGACUGCCAGUGACAAAGGGAAAGGAAUUGCAAGGGCUAUGUAUCAGAACAUACCCCAAAAUAUUUCCUUAAAGGACUGGGCUAAAGUCGUGCAAACCAUUGCAAAGAAUGUUUUUCUCAUCAAGCUGGCCGAAGUCAAUCCUCACUUAAAGGCCUGUGUCGAGAGACUUCUGACAGAAGGGAGAGUACCAGUUCCAAGUGGCAAGCAGGUGCAGAAUGCUAUUCGAGUCCCACUUUUGACAAUGACCAGAGGAGCCCGGUUCAUGAGUGCGGCCACUGCAGGCAUCUUCCUUUGGAUGGACGUGGCCAACAUUGUGGAAGAAUCAAAGCACUUACAAGAGGGGGCAAAGGCAGAGUCGGCUGAAGAGCUGAGGCACCAGAUCAAGUUGCUGGAGAGCAAGCUGAAGGAGCUCAUCCAGACUCAUGAACGUCUGAAGAAGACCUGA